CGCCAGCGUGCUCGACAAGCUUGUACCCAGUGUAACUCAAGACGAGUCAAAUGUGACGUCGUGGAAAGGAAUCCGUGCAGCAAUUGUGUCGCCUCUGCCGUGGCCUGCGAAACCCGUGAGAGCCGGCGAGGAAAGCAUCCCCGGCCGACAAAGAAGCGAAGGGAGAGCGCCGCGCCUUCCUCCGGCGGCGCGGACGCUCUCGCCGCCUCACGCGUCCUCGCCUCGCUCCAUCGGGAUGGCGAGGGCUCGUCCAAGGAGGGCCCUUCGCCCCAGGGGCUCGGCCAUGACGACCUCGAGUCCCACUCGAGUCAGGACCCGCGGUUGGAUGAGGACAAUGUCUUCCUCGGCGAGACGAACCUGCUGCGCUUCGUCUCCGACGGCACGCCGGCGUCCAUGCAUCCUGGGCCCGUGACUGCGGCCACAGCGCGUCUGAGAUAUCUUGUCCCCAGCUUCGCCAAGGCAGAGGCUUUGGUGCCGCAGUGGGAGUUUGAUCGGCGGCGCGUCCGUCUGGAUUAUCUGCAUGCCAACGGCGCCUUUUCCCUGCCCGUGCCGCACGUCACCGAGACCCUCCUGAAGGCCUACUUCGACCAUUUCCAUCCCUGCUUUGCCGUGGUGGACGAGGUGGACAUCUGGGCACAGUACCGCAAAGGUGCCCUCUCGCCGUUGCUGCUCCAGGCCAUGCUCUUCAUUGGAUCCCUGCACUGUGACGAGCCCAUCCUGCAAGAGGUGGGAUUCGACUCCCGCCAUCGCGCCAAGUACGUCUUCUUCAACCGCGCCAAGGACAUCUACGAUGCCGAGUUUGAGCGCAAGAAAAUCACCAUCAUCCAAGCGCUCUUUCUGAUGAGCUUCUGGAGAGCCGGCGCGCUCUUGGAGAAGGACACGCGCCACUGGCUUGGCAGUGCCAUCACCCUCGCUCAAACAAAGGCUCUCCAUCGCUCUGCGGGCAAGGCGGAGACGCAGAACGCGAAGCUCAAGAGACGCAUCUGGUGGUCGCUCUACACCCGCGACAGACAGUGCGCUGCCGCACUGGGCCUUCCUGAUCGCGUGAGGGACGAAGACUGCGACUUUGAAGCGCUGGAAAUCUCCGACUUCGACUUCGCUUUUGGUCCGGCGGUGCCCAAGCGGCAAGCAAUGGAGUACGCAAACUAUGCGCUGGUGAUGGCACAGCUCGCGACGCAGCUGGGCCGCAUCGUGCAUUCUGGAUACCUGCCGAACCAGGCGUUUAGUGAUUCGCACACGGCACAGAUGAAGGAGCAGCUGCUCGAACUGAAGCAGCGCUUGCCACCACCGAAGCAGCACGGCGAUGCAAUCAGCACCCAGUCUUCUUUCUUCUCCAACAUGCUGCGCCUGGCCUACAACAACCUGCUCAUCCUCCUCUAUCGGCACGACUACGUGGUCAACGGGGAAGGCGGGCGCGAAUCCGACGGCAACAUCGUCCUCCAGACAGCCGCCGAGAAUUCGCGAAUCAUCGAAGACAUGCUCGCCGAGGGCAAUCUCCAUCACGGCCAGAUUCACGUCAUCACGAAUCUCUUCAAUACUCUUUGUAUUCACACCGUCCAUCUGCGACGUUCCGAUGGCACGACCAAGACGGUCGCAGAGCACCGCGCGAAACUGUGCCUCCUCGGUCUUCAGGAGCUGCAGAAGACCUGGGAAGUCACCAACUGGGUGCUCAGCCUGUUUUUCGCCUACCUCGACAACUCUACCGCCGCGCGCCUAAGGUUGCAAGAGGACUCGCACCUGCUCAACACGGGGAGCUCGAUUUCGAAAAUCACCACGCCGGUCCUUCCGCAGGCGACGGGCUUCGAGAUGCCGCGCAGGACGGGCCCGCCUAUCGCCAUUCCCGGGGGCGAAGUCAUUCCUCAGCUCACCGACGACAUGCAACUUGCGCCUGGAUCCUGGGCCUGGACGAGUGAAGAGGCGAAUCAAUUCCUGUUUUCCCAGAUCGAAGAUCAAUUCGCGUUUGGCGAGGGGGAGAUGUUGGAUUGGAGUCCAGAGGAG